GUGUUCAAUUCUUAAUUAUCCUUUCUGUACAAUUAGCAAUAAUCCAAUUAUCAAUGGAAAUUGGGUAUCCGUUGAUAGUUAAGAGUCAGUCCACGUGCAUAUGCCACCAACCCAAUCGCUGCCUGCAAUUCAUCGCAGCUGAGCUCCGCGAUGACGUCAUCUUCUUCCUCCCCGUCGUUCCUAUCUCGUUUCUGCUCCUCCGCGCUUCGCUCCAAGCCUCUCUCGCCGCCUACCGACACCACCGUUCAUACAACCUCCGCCCAAGGCCUCGUUCGCCGCCUAGGCGUCUUCGAUUUGAUUCUACUCGGCAUCGGCGCUUCUAUCGGAGCCGGAAUAUUCGUGGUCACCGGAACCGUUGCUCGUGAUGCCGGUCCUGGAGUUACGAUUAGUUUCAUCAUAGCAGGGGCAUCUUGUGUGCUCAAUGCGCUCUGCUAUGCUGAAUUAGCUUCUCGCUUUCCGGCUGUUGUUGGGGGAGCAUAUCUUUAUACAUACUCAGCAUUCAACGAGCUUACAGCUUUUCUUGUGUUUGCUCAGUUGAUGCUUGACUAUCAUAUUGGGGCUGCUAGCAUAGCUCGUAGCCUAGCAAGCUAUGUAGUUACUGUCCUCGAGCUGAUUCCCUUCCUCCAGGGUAACAUUCCUAGCUGGGUUGGGCAUGGAGAAGAAGUUUUUGGAGCUUUAUCUAUUAAUAUAUUAGCUCCUAUCCUCCUCGUGCUUCUGACAGUAGUCUUGUGCCGGGGUGUUGGAGAGUCCUCAGUUCUGAAUUCAAUCAUGACAGUGACAAAGGUUCUCAUUGUUAUUUUUAUCAUCAUUGUUGGAGCAUUUGAGGUUGAUGUCUCAAAUUGGACUCCUUUUGCCCCAAAUGGUGUGCAGUCAAUAUUGACUGGAUCAACAGUGGUCUUUUUUUCUUAUGUUGGAUUUGAUGCAGUUGCUAAUUCUGCUGAAGAAUCCAAGAGACCCCAGAGAGAUUUACCUCUUGGCAUAAUUGGUAGUCUCCUGGUCUGUGUUGUAUUGUACGUUGGUGUUUGCUUAGUGAUUACUGGAAUGGUCCCAUACCAAUUUCUUGGAGAUGAUGCUCCCUUGGCGGAAGCUUUUACUUCAAAGGGGUUGCAAUAUGUAUCUGUGUUAAUCAGCAUUGGUGCUGUUGCUGGACUCACAACGACGCUUCUGGUUGGUCUUUAUGUUCAGUCACGGUUAUAUCUUGGACUUGGAAGGGAUGGUUUACUACCUGCCAUAUUUGCGAAAGUACACCCAACACGACAUACCCCAAUUCAUUCUCAAGUGUGGGUUGGUCUAGUUGCCAUCAUCUUGUCCGGAUUGCUAAACGUGGAAGUGCUCUCGCAUAUUCUAUCAGUUGGAACCUUGACGGGUUAUUCGGUAGUUUCAGCAUGUGUGGUAACCCUUCGCUGGACGGAUAAGAGGUCAAGUGAGGUCUCCAGCAAGGUGAUUUCUAGGAGGGGAGAAGGCAUCAUCUGUCUAUGCACACUUGCCUGCUGUGGUUUUGCUUCUGGUGCCCUCUUCCGUUUCCAAGCUUCAUUUGUUUUUAUAAUUGUAGGUGGUGUAGUUGCUGUGUUUACUGGUGCAGCUCUCUAUCUACGACAAGGGUACAAUGAUCCACCGGGCUUUUCAUGUCCCGGGGUUCCAAUAGUUCCAUGUGUUAGCAUCUUCGUCAACAUGUUUUUGUUCGCUCAGCUGCACUACGAAGCAUGGGUGAGAUUUAUAGUGCUGGGCAUAAUUACAGUGGGCAUUUAUGCAUUUUACGGUCAGUAUAAUGCAGAUCCUCUAAAUUCCACUGCCUCUACUGUUUACCACAGGGCAGCCACUGAAGAAACACCCUAGCUCUACUUAUUUCCGUUUCUUGAUCAUUUAUAUUCAUUUCAAGAUCUUACCUCCAAAUAAUGAUGCCUAUUAUCUACAUGUAUUCAAUUAAUAAAUUAUGGAGUAGUACAGUAUUUUAUACUAUUUGUAGUACACUUGCGAUUUUGAUGACUACAAACCUAGCUUUCCUUUCU